GUGGGAUCUGCAGCAGAAGAAGAUCAGAUAGCAGAUAUCCCAAGAAAGUGUCAGACUCUUGACCGCCCAUGACUCUAAAAUAAGCUUUGAGGGAUUCAUUUUUUAUUUGGACUGGCCCCACACAGGCCAUGUGAGCUCUACAGACAUUGAAUUGGGGAUAGCCGUGAUCAUGUUGUCAGGCUCUUUUGAGGUCAGAAUUAUGAUUUCAUUGCUUCACUAAAGUAAUGUUCUAAUUUCUUGACUGUUUCUGAUCUAGAUAUCAAUCGGGCACUUCCUCUGGAGGACUUGACAGCAGGAGUGAUUGUAAUGCUCUGCUUAUUGAGUGGAGAAAGAGACUUGUUAAAAGGCAAAGACAAGAUGCUACUCUGUGACCGUUUACUUUUCUGCCUCGGGAGAAUAAAGUGGUUCUACCCGUAAAAGAAGAGAACAUUUGAAGGACGCCUGAGGAGAAACAUGCAGUAGCUUGGCAGAAAAACAAGGAUUAAAAGUUGGAAAUCAACAUUCAUUGGAAAAGCUUGCACACAAGGAAACUACUAUUGCAUCACCUCUCAAUCCAGUGUGUGUUGGACCGAGCUCUGCACUUACUGUAAGCCUGAUCAGUUUUGUAUGAGCUGGGCUGAUAGUGAGAACCUGGCUGAGCCCCACUGAGGCAUGAGUGUGGGAAGGGCCAAGCAUCACAGCUUCGUGUCCUGUGAAGAAGAGGGCUUGAGACUGAGUGCAAUGCCUGCAGUGGGCAGCUUCGGCAAUGGCAAGAUUCAAACGAGACGAAAGUCCCACAGCCGCUUUGUCAGCAAGGCUGGCCAAUGCAACAUCCAUUUCUCAAACAUGGAUGAGAAGUCACAGCGGUACAUAUCGGAUAUUUUCACAACAUGUGUGGAUGUCCGCUGGCGAUACAUGUUCCUGCUCUUCAGCCUGGUGUUUGUGGUGUCCUGGCUAACAUUUGGCCUGGCAUACUGGGUCAUUGCACUUCUACACGGUGAUAUGGACCAUCUUGAUGAAGACGACAGCUUUGUUCCUUGUGUCACGAUGGUUAAAACCUUCGUGGCUGCGUUCCUGUUUUCCAUUGAGACCCAGACGACCAUUGGGUAUGGAGCUCGCUGUGUGACAGAGGAAUGCCCGGCUGCUGUCUUUAUGGUGGUCUUUCAGUCCAUCAUGGGCUGCAUUAUAGAUGCUUUUAUGAUUGGUGCCAUCAUGGCUAAGAUGGCAAGGCCCAAAAAGCGUGCAGAGACACUACUGUUCAGCCACAACGCAGUCAUUGCCAUGCAUGAUGGGAAACUGUGCUUCAUGUUUAGGGUAGCUAAUCUGAGGAAGAGCCACAUUGUGGAAGCUCAUGUGCGAGCGCAGCUUGUCAAGCCCCGAUACACAGAGGAAGGAGAAUACAUUCCCCUGGAUCAACUUGACAUGAAUGUCGGCUAUGACGAUGGCACAGACCGCCUGUUUCUGGUGGCACCGCUCACUGUCAUACAUGAGAUCGAUGAAGGAAGUCCACUGUUUGGCAUCAGUAAGCAGGAUCUUGAAACACUAGACUUUGAGGUUGUAAUUAUACUUGAAGGCUUGGUGGAGGCCACAGCCAUGACAACACAGGCACGGAGCUCUUACCUGCCCUCGGAGAUCCUGUGGGGUCACCGCUAUGAGCCCGUCAUCUUUGAGGAGAAGAGCCAGUACAGGAUAGACUACGCCUACUUUCACAAAACAUACGAAGUACCAUCCACCCCCAGAUGCAGUGCCAAAGACCUGGAGGAUAGAAAAUUCCCAACAUCUGGUGCCAACUCUUUUUGCUAUGAGAAUGAGCUGGCCUUCAUCAGCAAGGAUGAGGAGGAGGAGGUGGAGGAGGAGGAAGGAGAUGUGGAGGUAGAGGAAGAAAGGAAGAGUUCAUCGGAGCGAGUGAACGAGCAGGCCAAUCCUGGACGUGAUCAAAUGGCGUCACCUAAAGAGUCAGAGAUUUAAUCUUUGGUUGACUUUUUUCUUUGUUUAUUUGGAUGCAGAACAAUGCAAGUGUCGUGUACAAAUCCCUAUGACUGUCGCUCUACUGACGUGAGGAAACAACAGAACUGAUCUGAAAGACUUAAACUUUAGAUUUAUCUUAUGAUUAACAUUUUGUUCUUCCCCGAGAUGGUUAUGAAGCUUUAUUAAAGGCAAACAAGACUAUGACAAAGUGCAUGACAAUAGUAUAGUUUUGUAUGAAUAUAUUUAAAUGUUUCAUACAGUAGGUUCGGCGGGACAAUCUGUAGGUGCUGUUCACAGUCCUCAAGUAUACAAUUUGCAACUGAGUGUGGAGUUAGAUUAACACUUUGCAGAAAACUAAACAUUUGAGAAUAUUUCUCCAGAUUAAGUUCUAAAAAAUAGAGGUGUUGAUCAAGUUUUUUCUUAAUGUAAAAACCAUGUGAACAAUAUGACUCAAAUUUUUUUUCAUUAGACAAUGUCAAUGGAUGACUUGGUUAGUUGGCUUACAUACAACGGCUAUAUCAUGGACUGCAUUUAACUAAAGACGACACAUCACAAGGUAGAGUUUUAAACAUUUCCGUAUUUCCAACAAAAAGAGAGAACAGCCUGAUGGUGCAUCACAAGUCAAUAAUGAAGGCAAAACUCUGUCUUCACAUUUCAGCCAGGGGGAAACAUUAAAACAUGAGUAGAUGUUUAACAGGUCAAUUAUAUCUCAACAGUUUAGCAGAAACAUUUUGGCUUGACUGAAUGAGUGUUUUCUGAGCCGCACUCCCUUUGUUACGUGUUUUUACGCCAAAUGUCCUGUUCUCACAACAUACAAAGCAGUUUACAAUAAUAAUUCAGGUAGAUUUUCAAUUCAACCUUGAAUUUAUUCCGCUGUAGACAAAUGCAGGCUCAUCAUUUUUAGUGGACAACCCUGACUGGCUAUUGCUAAUGUUAGCUUCAUGAGUUAGCUGCAAAUGUUGUCUCAAACUCAGUUUUUCAAUGUUUGUAAAAUACUUUUUUUUUAAAGGGCGUUUGCUAAGCCGCCUCCUUCUGUUAAUUGUUAUUAUGCCAAAUGUUCUGUUCUCACAUGGCAACAUGAAAUGCAGUUUACAAUAAUAAUUAAGGUAGAUCUUUACCUUGAAUUUAGGCAGCUGUAAUUCAGGCUUAUUAUUAUUGCUCAUUUCUACCAGACAACCCUAACAGGCUAAAGCUAAUGUUAGCUUCCGGAGUUAGUUGCAAAGGUUGUCUCCAGCUAAUUUGUAACGUAUGAACCAGACUUUUUUAAUGAGAAAACAGUCUUAUAUGUGCACCAGUUGCUGCUAUAUAUCCCACUGAAAAGCUAACAGGUCCCAGGCUAAACGUUAGCAUCCUCAUCAGUUGAUGAUGCAUGUGGAAAUCUUGGGAAAUAAAGAAACAACGCUGUGCUUUUGUUGGAUUUUAGAGAAAGUAAGUCCAGGUUUUACAACUAUAAUGAGAAAGUAUAUUCUGUAUGAUCAGACUGUUAUUCCAUACUAACCCUGUCUAGCUUAACUUGUUUUGCUUACACUACAGAAAAAUGUCAUUACUCAAAAACCUUUUUAAACGUUUUGGAUGAAAGUGUUAACUAGGUAAUUUGUAUCUGUGUUUAACUUUUUAACAGUCAUUAAAUGUUUUACAAAAAAAAGAAAAAUGCAGGAAACUAUGCUUUAUUAUUUUUAUUUCAAAAUAGCACUCCAUGGUUCACUUUAAGACCAUGGGCACUAUCACUAUCUCAAGUGUAGUUUGCCGGGGUAACUAAAGAGUAAAUCAUCCCAUAAUCCAUUCAAUACUACAUCAUUUGCUAGUUGUAAAAAAAAUGGACAUGAGGAAUCAGAGUAGCCUAUACUGUCAGCAAUGCUUCAGCUCGGGCUACUUAAGAGCAGACCAUCUGUCUCAUAGUGAAAGAGAGGCAAGGUCAAAUAAAAAGGUGUGAACCUAACAAACUCCUCACAUAAAGGAAGACUUGACACAUUAUUUUUGAGGGCCAUGCAUUACUUUGGUGGAGUUAUAACCUAAUGUAUGACAUCUGUGCUCAUUGUGUCGGGUCAAAUCCAAAUAACACAGAUUGAAAGAAAAACAAUUAUACACAAAACAACAAUAAACGGUCCAGUUCGAAGAAGAGCAGAAUAAAUGGCUGAGAAUACCCCUUCAAGUGCUUAAAUAAAUAUAGAUAUAAAAACAUCAGAUAUCAGCCUUUGACAUUAUUCAGAUGUUUAUAGGACAACAUUUUGCAGAAAUUCUACAAAAAAAAAAAGUAACAUUUUAAUCAAAUCUAACUCUGCCUGUAAAACAUUAUGUCGUAACAGAUGUCUACCUAGAAAUCAGUGCAAACAAAUCCAACCAUAGCCUGAGAUAGCCCCAGGUAUAUUAUUAAAGUAUAUCAAUGUGAGAAACAGCAGGGGAUAGAUGUGUUUAAUCAUAAUCAUGCCUUUCAGCGUCCCAUUUUCACACCAACCUACUCACGCAGUGGCAGAUCACACACAUGGCUAAAAAUACAUGAAUUUGCUGCUUGUCAUAUAAUCAACCUCCAAUUAUAUUUUUAUUUCUUUCAUUAUAGCAUACAUAAUAAAGAUAUUACGUCAGACACUACUCCACUUGGUGAAAUGAAUGAGUAUUUCCUCCACAUUUCUCAAGCUUAAAGCUCCAUGUGGGUUAAUGUAUACACCUGAGAGCCGAUUCAGAACAUUUGAACACAUUCACAUUUAUAUCUUGUUGCCUUGGGCUUGAAAUAUCCGAAUGGGCUUGCUCCAGAAAACAAAUGUUGUUUCCAUUGCCAUUUGAACCAAGAGCGGGACUGUACAGUUAAAGGGAAGAACUGAAAUGUGUACAUUUUGUCUGUUAUUGUAAAUAAAUUAUUAUUGUUUUUGGU